AUGCUUGGUCUUGCAACUGUUAUCCUUGCUGGCGCUGGCGUAGUCAGUGCCAGAAGGCUGCCUCAUGUCGCUCCACGCCAGUUCAACAACGAUACCGCUUUAUCCUCCUCUCUUCCCUCUUACCAAGCGUAUAUCAAUGCCACUCGCAAUGACAACUCACCGGUCGCCUUGCACAUUGAUACGGUCGACUGCAGUAAUCGUAAUGCCACUUCUCCCUACCUCUAUGGCAUCAUGCAUGAGGACAUUAACCACUCUGGAGAUGGUGGAAUCUACGCAGAAAUGAUUGCCAACCGUGCUUUCCAAGCCUANGGGUCCAACGCAAUCGUCUCGACACUCGAUGGCUAUGUUGGUACGUAUGUGACUGACUCCGAGAACCCAAUCGUUCCGUUCGAUCCUGUCAUGACCGCGUGGGCACCCAUCGGUCAGGGUGUCCGCAUGACUCUCGAUAUCCUUCACCCUCUCUCGGAUGCUUUGGAGACUUCUCUACAGAUCGACUUUCCUCUCAAUGCCACUGGAGAAGUCGGAUUCCAGAAUUUCGGUUGGUGGGGCUUCGAUGUCCGUCCCCAGCAAUACAACGCCUCGCUGUUCUACCUGAACAACUACCCUCGUAACACUCAGGGCAACGCGAGUGAUAUCACUGUAUCCUUGCGCUCAAACGUUACUGGUGAGACCUGGGCAAGCUCGACCUUCAAGAACGUCACACCCACCUAUAUCGAUUUCAAGCAGCUUGAAACUACUUUGCAUCCUAAUGCAACUGCUCCUGAUGCCAACAACACUUUUGCCAUCACCUUUGAUGGUGCUCAAGUUGCUGGACAGACCUUCUACUUCAACCUGGUCUCGGUGUUCCCCGAGACCUUCAAAGGCUACAAGAACGGUCUUCGUCCUGACAUCGCUCAAGGUUUCUACGACCUCAAUCCUCAAUUCUUGAGAUUCCCUGGUGGUAACAAUCUUGAGGGCUUUAGUCCUGCCCAGAGAUGGAAAUGGUGGGAGACUCUUGGUCCGCUGCAGGACCGCCCUGGUCGUGUUGGUGACUGGAAUUACUACAAUACUCAAGGUCUUGGUUUGCUUGAAUACCUGGAAUGGACCGAAGCCAUGGACAUCGAGCCCGUCCUAGCUGUAUACUCUGGCUUCUCUCUCGAUGUCUACGGACAGAACGGUGCUUCCUAUCCUCCUGAGCAGAUGCCUGAAAUUUUGCAAGAAGCCUUGGACGAGCUCGAGUAUUGUAUGGGCGAUAACUCUACCAAAUGGGGUGCUAGACGUGUUGCCGACGGACACCCUGAGCCUUUCAAGAUCAAUUUUGUCGAGAUUGGCAAUGAAGAUUGGUUCAGCGUUACCUACCCUUAUCGCUUCCAGAUCAUGUAUGAUGGCUUGAAGAAGGCAUACCCUGACAUCACCUAUAUCAGCACUGCCUUCAACGAGAAUGCCGCUAACUACAACAUCUCCAUUCCGGAUGGAAAUAUGUGGGACUGGCACGGGUACCAGGAACCCUCUUGGUUCUUGACCAACUUCGAUCUGUGGGACAAUUGGCAGCAGGAAACAAACAACACCAACGUCACUGUCCUGUUGGGUGAAUACUCGGUCAUCCAGAUUGACACACCUUCUGGCGUCGUCAACUACUCUUACCCUCUUGAUGUCCAUGUUCAGUACCCUCGUCUCCUCUCUGCCAUUGCUGAGGGUGUCUAUGCACUCGGUGCCGAGCGCAAUCCUCACACUGUCAAGAUGUCCUCAUACGCACCUUCACUCCAGAACCGCAACUUCACCAACUGGACUCCCGACAUGAUUUCGUAUGAUGCUCUGCAUGACAACACAGUGCUGAGUGCUAGUUACUGGCAACAGUGGCUGUUCGCCCACUACCGCGGUACCGAGACAUUGCCUGUCACUGCCACGGAAGGACAGAUCAACCCUCUUUACUGGGCAGCCAGCAUUGACGAGGAAAAGAACGCUGUCUACCUCAAGGUGAUCAACACCUUGAACUCCACUGUACCUCUGAGCGUCAACAUUCCCUCGGCUUACUCAGGCGUCAACGGUACCUCUAUCACUGCUAGCGACCUCAACUCGUACAAUUAUGUCGGCAACAAGACCGAGGUUGUGCCUCGUCCUGCUGAAGUUGAAUCGACCGCAAGCUCGGAGAAUGGUUCUGCUUGGUCUUGGGAUGUGCCCAAGUACAGUAUUACUGUUUUGCAGUUCGACCUGUGUUAG